GUUUAACGCUUCCACAUUCCGUUUAACCAGCAAAGGAAAAUCAGUCGGGACAGGUCGAACCCUUUGCCUUUUUCUUUUUCCGUUGUUUUCUAAAUCUGUUCAAAGCGGUUGCGCCGCCGUGCCGCCGUGCCGCCACUCACUGUGAACUAUACAUAUUCCAUCUCACAGUUGUUUCCGCCGCGCCGCCGUGAGUAACAGUUGUUCAGUCCCACAGAGAUGGCAGAUUCGAUUUGUAGGACACUGAGGGAUGGAGCGUUAGAGGGAGAGCUUGCACCCACACUCACAAUCAAAGACUCUCUCGCUUCCCCUUUUGCCUUUCAUGUAUUCUCUCACAUUCUCCUUCAACUCUCGUCACACGUCAUCGCUCAGAAAUCCCAGUCACAGGGCAUAGUAAUUGUUGCACUUUCUCGGGCUCCAUCGUCUUACGCUGCUUUGUUAAAUAUGAAUGGAGUGGAUGUUGCUUCUUCUAAAAAAUGGAUUCACAUUUUGGAUUGUUAUACAGAUCCUCUUGGUUGGAAGGACAAGACAAGGAAAUCUGCAAAUGCGACAGAUUGUUCUCCCCAAAUUUCGGUUGCUACUAGUUCUUUUAAAACCGUGAAGGAUGUGGAUAAGUUGUUUUCGGUAAUCACUGAACUGGGUAGAGGAUUGGUCGGAGAAAAUAAAGCCCGCUUCUGUGUUGCCAUAGAUUCGCUAAGUGAACUGUUGAGGCAUGCAUCUUUGCAGUCAGUUGCAGGACUUCUUAGCGAUCUGCGUAGCCAUGAUCAAAUUUCAAAUAUUUUUGGAUUAUUGCAUUCUGACCUUCAUGAGGAGAGGGCUGUGGCUGUUCUCGAGUACAUGUCCUCCAUGGUAGCCAGUGUGGACCCAUAUCAUUCUGCAGAUGGUCAGAAAGGAUGUUUAGGCGAUUCCUUUUCUCAGCAAAACCUUACCAAGGGAAAGUUUAAUGUCAGGUCCAAACGUAGAAAUGGACGAGUUAGAGUAACGUGCGAAGAAUUUAAAGUUGAGUCUGGAGGAAUCACCUUUGCGUCUGUUUCAUCAGUAGAUGGAACUGCCGUUGCAGGCCUACUGCCAAAGGUACAAUUCAAUCUCCAGCUGUCAGAGAAGGAGCGAGUUGAUAGGUCAAAUGUUGUGCUUCCUUUUGAACACCAGGGAAACGGUAAACCAAUACAAAUUUAUGAUGGUAGAAGAUCUCUUGAAGAGAGCAACAGUGAGGCAAAUCCCAUUUCAAGCGGUAAAAAGGAGGAUUCUGCCAUGGGUGAGAUUAUAUAUUUUCGUGAUUCAGAUGACGAGAUGCCAGAUUCUGAUGAGGACCCAGAUGAUGACCUAGAUAUAUGAAUACACUCUUGUCGGUAACUUGUGUAUCCCCCUAGUUGACUUGAAGAAUAGAUUAGGUUUAAUGACAACAAAAUGUGAAGGAAAUGCCAAUACUGUUUAGUUGAAGAGAAGUGAAAUGCUAAGUGUAUUAUAUUCCAACGUAUUGUACAGCCAACUGGAACUUGACGAUGAACCUUUUGGAUAUAACUUAAUUAGUGUUUUUCAGAACUUC